GCCGCCCCGCCAUGCCCCAGCCCGCCCUGCCCUGGCUGCUCGCCGCCUGCUGCCUCUGCGCCCUCCCGCGGGGCUCAGGGCUCCCCCAGCCUUUGUCGCGCUACAGGGACGGCGUGGACCUGCCCAAAAGCCAGCAACUGGCGCUAUGUUUCAGUCAGUGGAUGGAACUGUCUAAUCAACCCCAGAUCUCCAGCACUGUUUUGGAUCUUUGUUAUUCCAUAUUCAACAGCAUGCAUACAAAUGAGGAAUCACAGAUUGCUGCUGCAAAGUUUACAAAGAAGGAUAGUCAUGGGACUCUGGGACGGCCUUUUUUCCUCUUCAGGCCUCGAAAUGGAAGAACUACUGAAGGCAGUGAGUACCAUGGAAUAUGAAGUUCAUGGGUCAAUUUACCAGCUUGAUGACUUGGUUUAUACAAAAAAAAGACUUCCUGUUGCACUGGUGGUCUAUUAUGUGACUCAGUUGUCU